AUGGAGGAGCUUAGCAUUCAAGAAUAUGAAUCACAGUUGGCAGAAAUUGAUGCUCAGCUUUCUGAAUGCACAGAUUUGACUAAAAGAAAUGAGCUUUUGGAUAUGCGUAAUGAUCUUAAGGAGUUAAUUUCUCUGAUUUCUCAGCAGCACGAGGAAAGUUCUGGCCAAACGCAGCCUGGUACAAGUUCAGGAGUAACUCAGGAUGAUUAUUCGUUAACUAAAGAAGAGCUUAUUGGUAUGCAUUGCCGAGCUCCUUAUCCCCGUCAGGUUGAUCGCCUUGUUUGCCUUCACGAUGCAGUUAUUUUUGAUAUAAUUAAUGAAAAUGCAGAUCCGGAGUCGCUGCAGGUUCUUAUACUGUACUGCUAUCCUAUCGAAGAGAAGAUGCGCCCUUGUGAUUAUUUCUUAGAUGAUCGGUGUACUUACGGCAGCAAUUGUCGUUUUUCUCACGGUGAGGUGGUCUCUUUCGCAGACUUGACAGAAUAUGUUCCUCCCGAUUUCAGCAACGUUGAAGAAGGAAGACUAGUACUUGCGCGAAACGAGCGCAUGCUGUGGGGCAGUGGUCGGGUGGUUGCAGUAGAUGGCGAGAGAUACGCAGUAAAACUUUUAUCAACGGGGAAAGAAAUUUCUUGCGGUUCAGGAGAAUUAGUGCCCUUGCAAGACAAUAGUUUGGGAGAGGACGAAGCCGAAUCAGCUAAUAAUGAAGUGGGAUGUGUCGUACCAGAAUGUUGGUCUGAGUUAAAGAACGAUAGUUACGGACAUGUAAAAGUGGGCGACAUUGGUGAUUGGGAGCGUCAUACAAAAGGCAUAGGUAUGAAGUUAUUAUUGAAAAUGGGAUAUAAAGUUGGAGAAGGCCUUGGUCGCAAUUCACACGGUAUUGUGCAUGCUAUACAGCCUGUCGUGUACCCUAAAAACAAAUCUCUGGAUAUUUGUAUGGAGCAAAAAAAUAAGGUGAUUGAUGGGAUUGAAAAAAGGAAAAGGCGAGUCAAACAAGCAUUGGCUAGCAGGCUGAAACCCAAAGAAGAUGUCGAUAUUUUUGACAUAAUUAAUGAGAAACUCGCAUCGAACAAAGUUUCUGCAACGGAUUUAAAGGAAAAAGAAAGAAAACAACUCAAAGAAAGUUCCUCGAAAGAGUUGAACAUACACGCUGUUAGUCUCGAUCGAGAACUGAAGGAAAUGAAGGCCAAAGAAAGGAAAUUACGCGAGGGUAUUACCAGGAAUCGUCGGGACCAUGCUACUGCUGAAAAUUUGAAGAAAAGGUUAUCUGAAUGUCAAGCCGACAUACGUAAAUUGGAAGCAAAGCAGGAAAGGUUGUCGAAUGAAGUAAUUGAGCGGCGAAGGAAGAAAGAUCUUUUUUAA